AUGUCCUUCUAUUUAUUUAGUAUUUCGUUAGUUCGAGUGAAAUCUCAAUUCUGCCAAGGGAUUCCUCAAUAUAAUCAAUGUUCGUUAAAUAGUGCAUGUGCCUGUUUCCAUAUAGCAGGUGCUAUUAACACUGGCAUUUGUACCGCUAUAUCCACAGAUUGUUCUAAGCUAGUUGCAUGUAAAAGCCCAGACAAUCUUUGUGAUGAACCUAAUCAAAGAUGUAUUCAUCAUCCUCUAUGUCAUAAUCGUCCUGUUUGUUAUCCGGUGCCCAGAUUCAAUCAACAACUCUGUCCACCGAUAGCAACGCCGAACACUUCAACAACAACUUCGAUGCUAACUACAACGACAACUGCAAGAACUACUCAGCAACUAGUAAUUCCCAAUAUUCCAGUCGAUGCCCGAUGGGCACAGAAUGGAGUGACUGUUGCUGGAGGUCAUGGAGAAGGCAGUGCUACCAAUCAACUCAGGGAGCCUUGGGGUCUCUUCAUUGACGAUGAUCAAACGAUGAUCAUCGCUGACUUCUACAAUCAUCGUAUCAUCCAAUGGAAGGUGGGUGAUACGAAUGGACUAGUAGUAGCUGGUGGCAAUGGCCCAGGAAAUCGAUUGAAUCAAUUGUAUUGGCCAACUGAUGUAUUGAUUGACAAAGAAGCAGAUAGUCUCAUUAUUUGUGAUCAAUGGAAUCUACGUGUCGUACGAUGGUCUCGUCGUAGUGGUACAACUCAAGGAGAAAUCCUCAUCGACAACAUCACUUGUGCAGGAUUGGCCAUGGAUGAUCAGAGAUAUCUCUACAUCUCUGACGCCACCGAACAUGAAGUUAGACGAUAUAAAAUAGGAGACAAGAAUGGAACUAUUGUGGCUGGUGGCAAUGGCCAAGGUGCUGGUCUCAAUCAACUCAACUUUCCGACCUACAUCUUUGUCGAUCAACAACAGACUGUCUACGUGUCAGACAAGAAAAAUCAUCGUGUAGUGAAAUGGAAUAAAGGUGCAAAAGAAGGAAUUGUCGUCGCUGGAGAUCAAGGCAAUGGAACUGCUCUGACACAAUUGUCGUAUCCUCAAGGACUGUUCGUCGAUACAUUGGGUACCAUUUAUGUGGCAGACACGGGGAAUCGUCGAGUGAUGCGUUGGCCUACAGGAGCGAAACAGGGCACUGUCAUUGUCGGUGGAAAUGAUGUAGGAAACGGAGCUAAUCAGUUCAACGGUCCAAUCGAUUAUGGUAUUGCUAAACGUGAUAAAAGGGAACCGGCUGUUAUGGGUCAUGUUCCUGAUGGAAUUCCUCCACUAGCUGGAGCUAUCGAUCAAAAUUCAACAACAACACCAACAGAUAGAAAUAAGAUAACAUUACCACCAAUAGAAGAAGAAACUGAUCAAAUGAAAGAAGAUCCAUCACAAAUUAUUGCAAAAAAUACACUGGAUAUAGAACUAUUAAAAAUUGAACAAGGAAAAGAUUCGGAUAUUCAACACACAAUUGCAGAAGUUAUGAAAAAUCCAAUUAAAAGUACUUAUGAAUUCAAAGAUGGUUUAUUAUAUAAGUUAAUGAUUAUGCGUGAAGGUUAUCGAACAAAACCUGAUCGAUUACAACCAAUCCCAUCACCUGAAGGACCAUUUCAAUUAAUCGGUAUGGAUUAUUGUGGUCCAUUUAAACAAACUCCACGUGGUAAUCAAUAUGUACUAUGCCUUACGGAUUAUUUCACAAGAUGGGUGGUUGCUGCUGCUGUACCUGAUUGCUCAGCUCAGACUACCGCUGAAGCAUUAUUUAAUGACUACAUUUGCAAGUAUGGGGUACCGGCAGUCAUAUUAUCCGAUCAAGGAACGCACUUUCAUAAUCAAUUAAUGGAAGCAAUGUCGAAAUUGAUUGGAUAUAAUCAUACUUAUUCAACCACAUACCAUCCUCAAUCAAAUGGAAUGAUAGAAAGGUUCAACGCAACGUUUGUACCUCAAAUUGCUAAACUUCAAGACAAAGAGAACAAUAAUUGGGAUGAAUUUCUGUCACCUGUAGUAUUUGCAUAUAAUACAGGAACACAUUCAACAACUCAGUAUUCACCAUUUCAAUUAUUAUAUGGUCGAGAACCAAGAUUACCUACUGAUGGAAAAAAAAUCAUCAUUUACAUUUCGAAAACCAAAUGA